AUGUCUCACGAGCCAAUGGAGACCUGUCCAUGCCACGCCCCAGGCGACGAUCCCGCCGAAAUCACAACGUUGCACCAAGCAGCUUUUCACCAAAACAACCAACGACUAGAACAGCUUCUACAAAAUGGCGCUAAUGUAUCAGCUACGCAAACGGCUCGCGACUUUACGCCGCUUCACUAUGCCGUCCAAUUCGGCGAUGAGAAAGCGGUGCAGAUGCUCAUUGAAGCCGAGGCCAACGUCUCUGCAGCAAGCUACGAUGGUGUCACGCCGUUACACAACACGUCUGCCGGCGGCGAUGUGAAAAUUGCAGAAAUGCUCUUGAAGGCGGGGGCCAAUGUUGACAGUCGCAAUAUCGAUGAAGAAACGCCUCUUCAUGUCGUGUCAUUGUUUGGGGAGACACAAAUUGCAAAGCUACUCAUAGACGCUGGGGCGGAUGUCUCGGUAAAGGAUUGCUAUGGAAAUACGGCUUUGCAUAUCGCUGCAGCCCAUGAGCAUAUUGGAAUCGCCCAAAUGCUUCUUGACGCUGACGCUGACGUAAAUGCAGUGAACAACAAUGGGGACCCAGUGCUACAUCAUGCAAUGAGCGAUGGACCAGAAUGCGUCAAACUUCUCAUCGAGCAUGGAGCAGACGUUCACCUCAGAGGCGAAGGCGGUGAUACCCUUCUGCAUCGCGCAGCGCAGAGCUCACCUGAACUAGCGCGAGACUUACUCAAAGCUGGCAUUGACAAUGAAGCAGCAAACGAUGAAGGAGCAUCACCUCUCCACGUUGCUGCAACGUAUGGGGAUAUUGAAUCGUUGAGGAUUCUAAUCGAGAGUGGAGCCGAUGUCAGAGCGACCAACAAUGACGGCGAGACGGCUCUGCAUCUUGUGGCAGGGAACCUAUCCGCGCUGUAUCUCGGCAACGGGCGUGAUUCCGAUGAGAAGGCGAAAGCGUUGAUCCAGGCGGGAGCGGAUAUCGAGGCGAAAGCAAAGUCUGGAAAGACACCUCUGGACUAUGCGGUUGAUUCUGGCCAUGAAACGGUUGAGAAAGUACUUCGUGAGAUGGCAUUGUAA